CCCGUCUGUAUCCGUAUGCGGAUGCACUGCUCCAGUUCCACACCCUUUCGAUUUGCUACAGUGACGCGCGUGUGACGAUGAUUUACCAGUGCCCACACUGGUCGCCUCAUGACCAUGUGCCUGUGUGAUGAUGUGGCUGUUUUGGGUCUGGGGAGCUUUGCUCCUGGGACAUGCAGAAGAUCCUUGCGCCAGUUCCGAAUGGCAAGAGGUGCGGGAACUGCUCUGGGUCACUGUGGAGGACGGCAGCGAUGCCCGUGAGAGAUUGCAAGCCUUAAAGGGCGCCCCGCCACCGCCACCACUGCAGCCAUCCGCAUGCCUUCAUGGUGCAGUGGCCUUGCAUCUAUUACAUUUGCUGCGCGAGCCACGGGAGGCGAGACUCGGGGAGAUGAACCGCAGCGGGGGGGAGAUCGUCGCUGUGCUGCUGGAGGGACGUUUCUUGGAGGUGUGACCGGAUGGCCGGGGUGGGACGUCGAGCCUUGGAGGACCGAAUCCUAUGAAACACCGGUGGUCAUCUGGACGGUGAGACGCGGUGUCGACGAUGCAGAACAUUGGUCACCCAAAAGGUUCAUCGUUUUUUCAAGAUCUUACAGUGUACAGCCAUCCUCACAACCCUCACCCUUCCGGACUGGGGAUAUCUAUCAACAGAAUGGAGCUGUAUCCCCCCAAAAACAUGUGUGUGUGUUCAUAUGUUUUCUAUCAAACAUACUAAAUCGAUGUCAACUGUAUCAUCAAAGCAUUAGGUCCCCUGGGCCUCUGCCUUUCGAUCUGCUGAAU